UCAGCGAAACGCCUCCUGCGCUUCUGCGCGUUCGCAAGUCUCCAGUUUACGCAAUACACAAUAAGUGCGCGGCCCACAGGAGCGCGCACACGAAACUCGAAACAAGCAGCAAGCUUCUGCGGGGGCCAGCGAGAGUGCCUCGGAGUUGCUUGCGUGGGAGUCAUGGCCCAUGCGACGCCGCGACACACCCGCAAACUGCGCUUGUGGAUGGUGAAACAGGUGAACAGUGGUCAAUUCCCGGGUCUGAAAUGGGAGGAUGAGGCCAAAACCAUGUUCCGCAUCCCCUGGAAACAUGCCGGCAAGCAAGACUUUCGCAAGGAUGAGGAUGCCGCCAUCUUCAAGGCAUGGGCCGAGUUCAAGGGCAGGCUAAGCGAUAACAACCCAGCCAGCUGGAAGACGCGUCUGCGCUGCGCCCUCAAAAAGAGCACUGAGUUUUGCGAGGUUGUGGAGCGAGCCCAGCUGGACAUCUCGGAGCCGUACAAAGUCUACCGACUGGUACCGCCCGACGAGCAAGGAGCGCUAAUUCCAGAGAGGAAAUGUGAGAAAAGGGUCCGCAAAUGCAAGCGCAGGAGCAACAGCAGCAGCGACGUCACGGCAGAUGAAGACGUCCCUCGCGUCAAGCACAUGAAGACGGCGGCGGACGACGGCAAAAUUGAGCCAAUCGCCGAAGACAUCGGGGUGCAGCCUGAGCAUCUCCUGGCAGAGCGGCACCCGGCACUGAUGGACAACCACUCAAUGGAAGCCCCGCUCAGCGAGAUCCAACUGGACGUGUGCAUCCAGGAGAGUGUCACACCUCCACAGGAAGGUAAGCACUCGCUGCACGUGGCGGUGCACUACUUGGGCCAGAAAGUGCUGACGCGACACAUCAAGGGGGCCGACGUGCGGGUGGUGUACGUGUCGUCCUCCUCGCCUGCCCCGCCCACACCCGCCCCCGACGUCUGCUUCCCGCGCAUCCACCUGCCGGAGCCGCCGCCUACGGUGUCCGGCGAAAGGGCGGCGCUGCUCUCCCUGCUGCCCUUCAUGGAGAAGGGCAUAUUGCUCACGUCCACCCCCCUGGGCGUCUACGGCCGCCGCUUCUGCCGCGGCCGCGUGUUCUGGACGGGGCCUCACGGCAGCUCGCCCGCCUUAUCCAAGAUGGAGAGGAACUCAGAGCCCAUCCUGCUCUUCAGCAAAGAUGCCUUCAAGCGACAGCUGGAGAACUUUUGUGUGAACGGCGGCGAGCCGCCACAAUGCAGCCUCACUCUCUGCUUUGGCGAAGAACUCAGCUGCACUGAAGAUCCGUCCGAAAAACUCAUCACCGUUCAGGUGACUUUGCCAUGGGCCGAGCGGCAAGUGCGGAGCGCUUGCUCCACGCUGGAGCCCUUCGACAUCCUGGAGUCUCCGCUGGAAGAGAUCACACUGAACUUGGUGGCGGAGCAGAGCGACGAGGCGGAGGCGGCGGCACCCUGACGGAACCUGGCGCCGGCCUCUUCCCCUAAUAGCACCGAAGUCACUUUCUUCGAUGGGCGGCCGUCCUUCCAUCAUGUUUGAACCGCCCGCCUGAAAAUCUUGAAUGGAACGAAGUGGCACACACUACAAACGCUGCAAGUUCAAGUCGCCAAUUCACAUGGAAUGUCAAGGUCACAUCUUCAAUGGGACAGAGAAAAAAAAAAAAAAAAAAACUCUGCUUUUCCAGUAUGAGAGUUUACAUUUUUGGAACACA